CUUUUUCUCAUUGCGAGUCGUCGCAACUUGGAAUGCUCUCCCAGCCGAGGUAGUUACAGCCCCCUCAGUGGACUGCUUUAAGAAGAGACUUGAUAAUCACGUACUCACAUGCGGACUAUCAUCUCCCUCUUGGACAAGCUGUGCCUGAUGCAUAUCUUGAGACCUGCUAGUUGUUACCAUUGCCAUCUCCUCAGAUCACUUAAUUAAUUUAACUCGCCUAUUCCUCUCCCUUGCUUACACUUCGGUCCUCUCUCACAACCUUCACUACCAAUUAAUAAACUAAAUUCAUCUAUAUAUUACUCAGUUCUGAAAUUUUAUUCAUAUUAUCAUUUUCAUUUAUGCUUAUUACCCUUAUUACUCUCCACAUUGCAACUAACUGAUCUCCGGUUUGGUAAAGUGACGGCUGCUAGUAUCCAGAAACCCUACUGCCCUGAAACAAACGUUUCAUUCAAAUCCCGAGACAUACAAACUCACAACCAACUGCCAACUGACUAGAAUUAGACAGUCGAGUGGCUAGACCUCCAUCCAUUGGACAUUACCGAACACCUGGAACCGUACCGAAAGAACAAGAAUCGAGCGCGAAGAAAUCAAAUUGGUUUACACUAGCUCGUGAAAAAGAUAUUGGAUAUUGGAUAUUGGAUAUUGGGUUCAUUGGAGGUACUAUAAGUUCAAGGACACGAACUGUAGCAGUUAUCUGAUUCUCAUUAUCUUGUAGACGAAUGACAGCUGCAACUAAGAAUACUUUUGAAUCAGUCGGUUGUUCACACAGUGAAGAUAUUCAUGAUGAUGUCAAAUUAUGUUCCGUUGAAGCUAAAGCUGCUAUAGCUGAAGUGGGUUUUGGUGUUAAAGAAAUAUGCUUGGCAUCCGAUUCUUUACCAUUCUGUGAUACAUUAGCCUACUUGAAUCUAACUACAUUGGAAGGCGAGAAAAUGUGUAUUGAAAUUAGUGUGAAAGGAUUUUGUCCUGUUGGUUCCUCUUAUGAUGAAGUUAGAAAACAACCAGUGGAUAAUUCCAAUUCCGAUGCCCAACCUGCAGAUUGUGAAGAUUAUUAUGAAACAAUCUAUUCUCUACUGUCUGUUCGAAGUCCAUUAUUUCGGCAUAGUUUUUCACAAAAUUUAUCUAAUCGAUUAGAAGAAUUGAAUAAAAAACAAAUUAACGCUAAUACUACUGCUACUACUUAUGAAGAUAGUAAGUAAACCGUUACGCUUUUUUUUAUAAGAGAGAGAGAGAUUAAAUGCUUUCACAGUGAAAGCAAAUGAAUUUUUGAUUUGUAUGCUAUUUGUUUUGUGUGUGAAUGUGUGUAUGUAUGUAUGUAUGUGUGUGUUAGGAUGAAGAAAAUAAUUCAGGCAGAUGAAACUUUUACAAAAUAUCUUACAACGAAUAAUUAUUGUCUGCAUUUUCUUUUAUUAUAUAAUUUUUAUACUACUUAUAUAAUUUACUGUAUCUUUUCUUAUAUUGCUGCUAUAUUUGCCAAUUGUCCUAUUUGUAAUGUAUAAGCUGCUGUUGUUGUUGUAUAUUUAGUUUCAUUAAGUUGUAGUCAGUUAAUGUCUGUCUGUCUGACUGACUGACUGACUUACUAUUCAGUUUU